ACUUUGCCUUACAUAUUAUUCUUUUGUGAAAAUUUGAUUAUUAACAUGGAGAAAAGCAAAUCUCUUUUGGAGAAAUACGAAAUUCCUGUGGGUCAUCUGGAUUUCGCUUACGUGGAAAAGUGCGAAAAUGCACGUGAAAUGGAAAAAAUCGUCAAGAUACUGCGUUCCGGCGAAGAGGGCUACUUUCCGGAUCUGACUCGUUGUGCCGAAGAAAAACUAAAGCAGUUAAAGCCUGAAAGCAAAUUGUUUCGCUACGAGGAGGCAAUACGUAAUAGCAGUGUUCUGGAUAAGCAGGAACUAAAGCCGAUAUAUGAUUGGACUAAUGAUAUAAAGACCAAGGAUAUCGCUCUAAAUGAGCUAAAAGAAGAGGAAAAUGUAGUAUUAGAGGAUUUGCCGGCCAUGCGAAUUCCAAGUAAGAUUGAUAUUGACAAACAGGAAGAUGUUCCAAAGCCCAAAUCAGACUCAAAGCCGGAUGUGCAGUCAAAAGUGAAAUCAAACGAUCAGCGAAUUAAGUCAACGGAUUACAACAAAUGGGACAAGUAUGAUCCGGAUGAAGAAAUUCUACGCAUGGAUCUGGAAGAGGAACGUACCAAGGAGCAGGCACAAAUCAAGACCCGUCAAGUGAAAACAACUCCAAAAGAAGAACAUAUUAAAAUCUGUGAGCAAUCUGCUGAGGAGCAGCGUCUUCAGUGCCAACUAAAGAAACUUAGUCAACUAGAGCGGGAACAGUAUGGUGAAAAGUAUCGUCUUCGAGGCAAUGAGUACUUUAAUGCCAAGGAGUAUAAUAAUGCCAUAAAUGAAUAUACUCGCUCUAUAGUUUACAAUCCGGAGCAUGCUGCCCGUUCCUAUAACAAUCGUGCCUUAUGUCAUAUAAAGCUACAGAAUUAUAUCGCGGCUAUAGAUGAUUGUGAUGAGUGUCUGAAACUGGAACCGGACAAUUUGAAAGCUCUACUUCGUUUGGCCGAUGCCAAUUAUUCUCAAGGACGACGUCGUGAGUCCUAUGGCGUUUAUCAACGUGUGCUGGAAAUUGAUUCCAAUAAUACUACUGCACUUAAGUCGUUGGAACAGCUACGUUCACAGCUGGGAGAGCUCGCUCCUGCUCAUGCCACACGCAUGGUCAUUGAGGAGCUGCAGUCGGAGAAGCCAGCCGACAAGAAAACUCUAAAGGAAAAGCCAAAGGCAGUUGUAAAAGCCGUCCAACCAGUGAAACCUAAGGAAUAUGAUCUGGCCGAGUUGGUAAAACCGAACCGUGUGGUUAAAAGUAAAAUAGUAAGCGCUGCUGAAGCUCUGGGUGGUCAACUAAAGGGAAGUCAUCCCACUGGUAACCCACAGAAGAAGCAGCUGCCUCUCAUGAUGCAGGAGAUGUCCUCGCCACAGCCAGCUCUGCGUCUGCCACACACCAACAACAAUAAAUCUGGCAACAACAAGCUGCUCAUUCAAGAAAUAUAAUUAACUAGAUGUUUGUCAAGAAAUACAAGUAUUAUUAAAAGACUUUAUUAUUGUUUA